ACACUCAGUCACAAUUUCGAACAUGGAGAACUUUCUCUGAAAUAACCCAAUUCAUUCAUUUCAAAUUUUUCAAAAUUUCAGUGUAUUUUGAACAAUUAAAAUCGUACGGUGAAAAUUGAGUCAUGGGGGAACCACAUAGAAAAGAAAAGCCCAUACCUAAUAAACUAAAGUUUUUGUUCGGGGGCUCGGCAGGAAUGUUGGGUACUUGCUUUGUGCAACCCUUGGACUUGCUGAAGAAUAGAAUGCAAAUGAGCGGAGAAGGUGGCAAAACCAAAGAAUAUAAAACCUCUCUCCACCUUUUACUGGACAUCGUACAUAAAGAAGGACUUUUGACUCUUUACAAUGGAUUAUCAGCAGGACUGCUAAGACAGGCUACGUAUACAACUACUAGAUUAGGUAUUUAUACUUGGUUAUUCGAUUUGCUAUCAUCUGGAGACAGUCCCCCGAAUUUUGCAACUAAAGCCUCCAUUGGCAUGUUUGCGGGAGUUUGUGGAGCUUUUGUUGGUACUCCUGCCGAUGUGGCCUUAAUCAGGAUGACCUCAGAUGGCCGAUUGCCUCCAGAUAAGCGACGCAAUUAUAAAAAUGUUAUUGAUGCCCUUUUGAGAAUUUGGAAGGAAGAAGGCAUUAGAACUUGGUGGAAAGGUGCAGUUCCCACUAUGGGGAGAGCAAUGGUCGUUAAUGCUGCCCAAUUGGCCACAUAUUCACAGGCCAAACAAUACUUGAUAUCUGUAGCUCAUUUUCACGAAGGUGUUGUUCUCCAUUUUUGCGCGUCCAUGAUUUCAGGAUUAAUAACAUCGGCAGCCAGUUUGCCAGUGGACAUAGCAAAAACUAGAAUCCAGAAUUCGAAAACAGUGGGGAGCGAAAAACAAGCGGGACCGGUACAAGUCGUGAUUGGAAUAAUAAGGAACGAAGGAAUAUUUGCACUUUGGAAGGGAUUUAUGCCUUAUUACUUUCGAAUCGGCCCGCACACCGUUCUAACAUUUAUAUUUUUGGAACAGUUCAAUGCUGCCUAUAGACGAAUAUCGAAAAAUGAUUGACUUUGAAAAUGUUUGCGAGUUCGAAUGAUCGACGUCUUAAAUAUACGAACGUUUAGUUUUC